UUCUAUUUUGCUCCUACUCUUCUCCGUUGCCAGCUCAAUUUUGGAGAGAGAGAACCCAAAAACACGAUAGUAAUUUGUUACUUCUCUCUCUCCGUUACCUUUCUUCCGUUCAUCGUCAUCGGACCUAUAAUUGGAUCGAAUCGGGUCAAAGCUGUUUUUAUCAAAAUGGAUACAUAUUGUUCGGACUGCAAACGGAACACGGAGGUAGUAUUCGACCACGCCGCCGGCGAUACGGUUUGCUCGGAGUGUGGGCUGGUAUUGGAAUCCCGUUCAAUCGAUGAGACAUCUGAGUGGCGUACUUUUGCCGAUGAAUCCGGUGAUCAUGACCCGAAUCGUGUUGGUGGACCCGUUAACCCGUUACUUGGCGAUGCGGGCCUUUCAACUGUUAUUUCUAAAGGGCCUAAUGGUAGUAAUGGGGAUGGUUCGCUUGCUCGGUUGCAGAAUCGGGGCGGUGAUCCUGAUAGAGCCAUUGUUAUAGCUUUUAAGGCCAUUGCUACUAUGGCUGAUAGGUUGAGCCUUGUUUCUACUAUAAGGGAUCGAGCAAGUGAGAUAUAUAAAAGGCUGGAAGAUCAGAAGUGUACCAGAGGCAGGAAUCUUGAUCCCUUGGUAGCUGCUUGUAUCUAUAUUGCAUGUCGUCAAGAAGGCAAACCCCGCACUGUAAAAGAAAUAUGCUCAAUUGCCAAUGGAGCUAGUAAGAAGGAAAUUGGCCGAGCAAAAGAAUUCAUUGUGAAACAAUUGAAGGUUGAAAUGGGAGAAUCAAUGGAGAUGGGAACAAUACACGCUGGCGACUAUCUGAGACGUUUUUGUUCUAACCUUGGUAUGAACCAUGAAGAAAUUAAGGUUGUCCAAGAAACUGUUCAGAAGUCGGAAGAGUUUGACAUAAGGAGGAGUCCUAUAUCAAUUGCUGCAGCAAUAAUAUACAUGAUAACUCAACUUACAGAUAUGAGGAAACCCCUGCGAGAUAUCUCAAUUGCAACCACAGUUGCAGAAGGGACUAUCAAGAAUGCGUACAAGGAUCUUUAUCCUCAUGCUUCCAAAAUAAUACCAGAAUGGUAUGUCAAGGAUAAGGACCUUAAGAACCUGUGCAGUCCAAAGGCAUAAGAGAAACCUAGUUGUUGAGCUAUAGGCAUCUGCUAUAGGGUCUCUGUAAGAAGGCAAAUAGAGAAAACAUUAUAUGUCCGAGUUUAGCCGUGGAAGUUGGCAAUCCUGUUUUCUGGAUUCUAAUACAGAUGCAUUUUAGUCAUGUAGGUCCUGGGUAAUCUAAAUUUUUGUUUCCAUUUCCCCCCUCAGCACAGAUAGGCAGUUUGAUUUUUAAAUGUUAUUGAGCGAUCACAGAUUUCAUAGGCCAUCAUUGUCCAAUUUUUUAUGGCUAUACAAUUAUACAUUGUCACGUGAAAGGUUCUCUUCUUCCCUAAGA